CUGGCGCACAAACAUACGCGAGCGGACUGGCUCGGGACAGCUAGUGUCAGGCGUCUCUGGGCCGGGUCGGCCGGUUCCGGCGCCAAGCCGGAUUCUGAUCCCCACAACCUCGGGCGCAGCCCCGCGCUGUUGUACCGGCUGGUUCCUGGGAGAAGGGUGGGCGACCCCUCCUUUCUUCGGCCCCCGCCUUUCCUUUGAUCCUGCCGCGCAGCGCGUCCCCAAGCGAAUCACUGACUAGCUCCCCGCCUGGCCGCAGAGCCGUGCCCAUGCCGACCCAGCUGGCUGCGCCAAGCCCUCCCAAAUCCUCGCGGAGCCCCUCCUGCUCACUUUGCGCCCUGUUUUCUGAUGCAGACUCGGGAUCUGCGAUGAAGGCGGAGCUUGCUUCUCGGCCUGGGGCAGGGGGGAGGGAGAUGACCCAAGAAGAGAAGCUGCAGCUUCGGAAGGAAAAGAAACAACAGAAGAAGAAACGGAAGGAGGAAAAGGGGACAGAACCCGAAACUGGCUGGACUGUAUCUGCAGCCCGGUGUCAAGUAAGCCCAACCAGAGAACUGCCAGGGCCCACCAAACAGUUAGGCACUCCUGGGGAGAAAGUUCCACCUGGUCGGAGUAAAGCUGAACUUCGGGCUGAGCGGAGGGCCAAGCAGGAGGCAGAGCGAGCUCUGAAACAGGCAAGGAAAGGUGAACCAGGAGGACCACCUCCUCAGGCCUGUCCCAGCACGCCUGGAGAAACCCCCUCAGGAGCGAAGCGACUCCCUGAACACACUCAGGUCGAUGACCCCACACCUCUGAGAAGGCUUGUUAAGAAACCGGAGCGACAAGAGGUUCCUACACGGAAGGAUUAUGGAUCCAAAGUCAGUCUCUUCUCCCACCUUCCCCAGUACAGCCGACAAAACUCUCUGACCCAGUAUAUGAGCAUCCCAUCCUCUGUGAUCCACCCAGCCAUCGUGCAACUCGGCCUGCGGUACUCCCAGGGCCUGGUCAGUGGCUCCAAUGCCCGGUGUAUUGCCCUGCUCCGUGCCUUGCAGCAGGUGAUUCAGGAUUAUAUGACACCUCCCAAUGAAGAACUCUCGAGGGAUCUAGUGAAUAAACUAAAACCCUACAUCAGCUUCCUCACGCAGUGCCGUCCCCUGUCAGCGAGCAUGUACAACGCCAUCAAGUUCCUUAACAAGGAGAUCACGGGUGUGAGCAGUUCCAAGCGGGAAGAGGAGGCCAAGUCAGAACUUCAAGUAGCUAUUGAUUGGUAUGUGCAAGAGAAGAUUGUCCUUGCAGCUCAGGCAAUUUCACGCUUUGCUUACAAGAAGAUCAGUAAUGGAGAUGUGAUCCUGGUGUAUGGAUGCUCAUCUCUGGUGUCACGAAUUCUUCAGGAAGCUUGGGCUGAGGGCCGGCGGUUUCGGGUGGUAGUGGUGGACAGCCGGCCGCGGCUGGAGGGAAGGCAUACGCUGCAUUUUCUGGUCCGUGCUGGGGUCCCUGCCUCCUAUCUGCUGAUUCCUGCAGCUUCCUAUGUCCUCCCAGAGGUUUCUAAGGUGUUAUUGGGAGCUCAUGCACUCCUGGCCAAUGGGUCUGUGAUGUCACGGGUAGGGACAGCACAGCUGGCCCUAGUGGCUCGAGCCCAUAAUGUGCCAGUGCUGGUCUGCUGUGAAACAUACAAGUUCUGUGAGCGUGUGCAGACUGAUGCCUUUGUCUCUAAUGAGCUAGAUGACCCCGAUGAUCUGCUGUGUGAGAGGGGAGAACGUGUGGCCCUGGCUAACUGGCAGAACCACCCAUCCCUACGGUUGUUGAAUCUGGUCUAUGAUGUGACCCCCCCAGAGCUCGUGGAUCUGGUGAUCACAGAGCUGGGGAUGAUCCCUUGCAGUUCUGUACCUGUUGUUCUCCGAGUCAAGAGCAGUGACCAGUAAGGGUGGGGACGCAGGGUCAAUAAAUGACAUACUCCCUAAACUCAGCAA